AUGGGUUCCGCUAUGCGAGCUCCGGGCAAGGAGCACAUGCCCAACUAUCCCAAGGGUUGGAUCACCAUUCGCAUCCUGCAGCUCAUCGUCGCCGUCGUCAUUCUCGGUCUCUGCAGCUACCUCGUCACCACGAAUGUCAUUGGCGCCGGUUUCUACGUGCAAAUCUUUACUUCCGUCUGCACAAUCAUCACCAGCAUCUGGCUCAUCGCCGCCCACUCGUGCGCCCCCCGCGCCUUCAACUACUGGGCCGUCCUCGUCCUCGACAUUUACCAGUACCUUCUCUGGCUCGGCGGCUUCGCGGCCUGUGCCAUCCUCGCCGCCGGCCUCUUUGGCGGCCGCGACCUGAGUGACAACGACUUUGGCUUUCGCUACCUCCACCGCCGCUACUACUAUGACUGGUACGACGACGACUACACCACGACCACUGCCGCCAUUGGUGCCGCGGCCGCAGGUCUCGGAGCGAUCGAGUUCCUCUUCUUCUUCAUCUGCCUCGUCGUCGACUCCGUCGUCAUCCACCGACACCGCCGGGCCGGCCUCCACAGCCGGCCCGUCCGCCACAUCGCCGGCGGCAGCGUCAUGAUGAUGCCCCCGCAGCAGUCCACCACCUACCAGGCCGUGCCCCAGACCGGCACUGGCGUGCCCUUUGCCCAGCAGGAGACGGCGUACAACCCGCAGGGAGGCAUGUACGGCACGCCGCCGCCGCCGCAGCAGGGCGUCUACGCCAGCCCGGGUUACGCCCAUCAGCAGCAGCAGCAGCAGCAGACGAGCUACUUCGCGCCGGCCCCCGUGAUGCCCCAGCACACAGGCACCUCGUACCACAAGACGGUCUCGCCGGCGCCGGCACAGCAGGCGGUGGCGUAUCCUCCGCCCCAGCAGCAGCCGCCGCACCACAUGCACUACACCGGAUAG